ACCAAAGUGAAUUUUGAUAGAUUUUCAGUUUUGUAUUUUGUUAUUAUUUACCUGUGAUCUGUGAUAUAGAAGACAGAAAAGGCUGUAAGUCCUAGAGCGAGAUAGGAGAUCUAUCAUCCCAGUAUUUCAGUUUUCAGUGCAUUAAAAGCAAGAGUAAUAUUAUCACUUUUUCAAACUUGUUUCAUAUCAAAGAAUUAUAGUAUAGGAAUUUAUGACCUCACCGCUUGCUUUCAGAAAUUAGUAAUCGUUUUCUCUUCUUCGACAGGGUUUAAAUAUGAACGAUUUAGACAGACAGCUGGCGGAGUUGGCCUUAAUAAAUCAAACUGAGUUACAGCCCAGUUCAAGUAGUACACCAGGAAAGAAAAUUGGGCCCGCUGUACCACCAAAACCAAAAAAGAGUCAACAACCACAGAUACCUCAGUCAUACCCUUUAAAGCAAACGGUUGAACCGAGCUACGCUUCGAGGUUACAAGCCAACCAAUUUUAUUCAAAUGUACCUCCACCGAAUCCACAGUCCCACUAUUCUAACACCCCCACUCUGCCAGCAAAUACGAAAUUCCGCCCGCAGCACGUUCAAGAUAGCAACUACGUGAAUUUGACGAGGGAAGGUGAUCACGCUAAUCAGUAUUCCAACCUCCCCAGAAGCGGUUCGGCCAUGAGCAGUGCGUCACUGCCACGACAAGGUAGUUCAAUGGCUAAUUAUGGAUCCAGCCUUCCGCAGACUUGUUCUUUACCAAGACAAUGUAUGGGUUCACCCGCAACUGGUGCUAAUCACGCUGUCAACACCUUGGGCCCCAAGGGGUACACGAAACCGGAUCAUGUUACGUACAGCAACAUACAGAUCGGGCAGUCCAGAAACCAGGACGGGAUCAUCUACAGCAAUUUGAUCCACCCACCAAGGGACGGGGGCAACGUUUAUAGUAACGCUAGUGCAUACGGAAAUGGUGACGAUUUGCCGCCUCCACCUCCACCUCUGGACAUGUCCUCUGGUCUAGCAGACUAUGCCCCUUGCACGGUAAAUACAAAUUUACCGCCGCCACCGGAGGAUUUGCUGCCCCCUCCGUCUCCGGUUAGUUCCAGUUACAGUGAAUUGAGGAGGGCUACCCAGCCGGGGCAGGAUUUCCAUAAUUAUAGUAUGGAGUCACAGUCGUCUUCGACCUACGAGUCGAUCUACGAACCUAUCAAUCCCCGGCCCCCGAGUCAGAUGUCUUCCAGGUCUAACUACUCCCUGUACGCGCCUUACGUGAGCGGUGCUAGCAGCACCAUGACUGGACCGAGUCAGUCUGUCAGUCGCAUCGGUCACAAUAAGGAACAGGAAGUCGACAGCCUCACCGAUCUCUUGGUGCAGGGAAUGGGCGGCGUGGGCCCCGAUACUGAUCAGGAGGAUGUGUACGGGGUGUGCGUUAAGUGUGGGGAGAAGAUUGUUGGAGAAAAUAGCGGAUGCACAGCAAUGGACCAGUUGUAUCACACGAAAUGUUUUACAUGCCAUCAUUGCGCGAUAAAUUUGCAAGGAAAGCCAUUCUAUGCUCUCGACGGCAAUCCUUAUUGCGAAGAAGAUUACUUGAACACUUUGGAGAAAUGCUGCGUGUGCCAGAAACCCAUCCUAGACCGCAUCCUGAGAGCAACCGGGAAGCCGUACCAUCCGAAAUGUUUCUGUUGCGUCGUGUGCGGCAAGAGCCUGGACGGCAUUCCGUUCACCGUCGAUGCCACGAAUCGGGUGCAUUGCAUCGAAGAUUUCCACAAAAUAUUCGCUCCGAGGUGUUGGGUUUGCAAGCAACCCAUUAUGCCCGAACCUGGAGAAGAGGAGACGGUACGGGUUGUAGCUUUGGACCAUAGCUUCCAUAUACAGUGCUACAAAUGCGAGGAUUGUGGCCUGGUGUUGUCUUCAGAAGCCGAAGGCAGGGGUUGCUACCCUCUCGACGGCCACGUUUUGUGCAAAAGUUGCAACGCUAAACGUUCAAGCACUCACAAGCCACAUGACUACCGAACUGUAAUUUUCCUUUCUGAGGCACGUUUAGACGUUGCGCCUAAUCGGUACACCGUACACACGGACCGAUCGGCGAACUCAGCAUGUGCUUGAUGGCAGUAUUUAUUUCAAGGUACGCGUUUGUAGGGAUAAGAAUUUUUUUUGUUAUGCCUUGUAAGAUGUUUUAUAUUUUCUUCCGGGUUUCAUUCAUUUUAAACUCACACACUGAAAUUUUAGACUGGAUAAAAGUACAAAAAAUUUUUGCAGACAUUCCAUUUUGUAUAUCAGAACUGUUUUUGACGGGUUUUAAAUUUUUUAAGGAGUAUUGAAUUGUAUUUUUAAAUUAAAUCCAUAAUUUUAUUAAGUUAAGAAAAUUCUAGCACAAAGAGAACAAUAACUGCCAACAUAACACACAAACAUUGUAACAUUGUGAUUUUAUUCAAACUUUUUUAUAAACGUUUUUACUUGGCUUCGCUAUGCUUCCUAAAGCGAAAUUUUUAUUCACACUUUUUUAAAUUUUAAUGGGAUGUUGAAUAAGUUCUCGCCAUUUUUUGUUUUCACUGAAAAUAUUGUCCAUCGAUAGCUGUUACUUCGUCUCAUCUUUUUGGCAGUGUUUUAAUUCCACGUCGGAAAAUCGUCACGUUUUUUUGAGGCAAUCCAAGGGCCGACCCAUUUUUUGACAUCUUCAUUAAAAUGGAAGUGCAACAUGUGGUUGUCAUGCUGCAAAAUCACUUUGUCGUGUCUCUGCCGUUUUUUCUUCAAUGCUCCGAUCAAACGCAUAAAUUAUAGUCGAUAGCGAUCUCUCUUGAUGGUUUCGUUCGCUUUGAGCAGCUCGUAAUAAACUACACCCAGCUGAUUCUAGCUUUGCCGACGAUGUUCACCCAUGGCCAGACUUGCCCCACGAUUUUCUAUGCUUGGGAUUAUCGUAGCGUAUCCAUUUUUCAUUGCCAAUUUUCAGUCCAAUACAAUGCAAAAAACCUUUCCUUUUCUGCCGUUGAAAGAGCUGUUCACACGAGCAAAGACGCCGUUCGACAUCUCUCGGCUUCAACUCGUACCUAGCUUUUGAAUCAUUUUUAAUGCUCUCAAUCGUGUCGAAACUAUUGUGCGAUCAACUUCUAAUGAUUCUGCAAGUUCCGUCAGCAUCUGACGUGAGUCUUCACGAAGUAAUGCCUCCAAUUCUUCAUCCUCAAACUCUUUUGGGUGCGUCAGAGCUCUUUUUAUUUUCAACAUCAAAAUCAUGAUUUUUGAAGCGUCUAAACCAAUCUCUGCAUGUCGUUUGCGACAUAGCACGGUCGUCGUAAGUCUCAACAAGAAUUCGGUGUACUUUAGCUGCAGAUUUCUUUUGAAUAAAGUAAUGCAGUGGAAUUCCCCGCAAAUACUCUUUUUUUGGUACGAAAUUCGAUCUGUUUAACACUAUGAAAAAAAAAGUAGUCUACUCUUUGGCGAAAUUUCAAGCUAGCUUAACGGUACUUCUGUAUAGAUGCGUUACAAUCUUGAACUAUACGCUUGUGAUUCCGGUAGCGCCAUGUCUUGGAAAACGGCGAGAGCUUAUUCAACGUCCCAUAAGUUAAUGCUUUUUUAAUGAGCGAUGUGCUUUUUUUUUAUCUAUAGUAGACUUAGUACUUUGAUAUCUAUAAAAAAAAAUGUACGCUUUUAUUUUAUCUAUAUGACUCAGUAAUGGACUACUUUCCUUUUAGAACUCUAGGUUUUAGUUAGAAAUUCUGGUCAGAAUGUAAUAUUUUGUGAUUUUUUUUGUUGUAAUUAAGUGCCAACGAAAUAUGUAUAGAGGUAUAAAUAUAUGUAGGGCUCAACCUAA